AUGAAGCUCUCCACAGUCCUCGUGCUCGCCACGAGUACCCUCGCCCUCGCCGUCAAGAAGACGAAAAAACUCAAGAAUGAAGAUCCAAACACCUACUUCAACUCGGUCAAGGUCCCUCCCAUGCUCGAGUUGACACCCGACAACUUUGACAAGGAGAUCAAUGCGACCAAGCUCGUUGUCGUCAAGCAUUACAGUCCCUACUGCCCGCACUGCAUCGACUAUGCCCCGACCUACCAAACGCUCUACGAGUACUACUACACCUCCAAGCCCGUCACCCCCGAAGAUGUCUCCUUCAUGGAGUUCUACGACAUUCGAUUCGCCACCAUCAACUGCGUUGCCUUUUUCGACCUCUGUGCCUCCCUCAAGGUUCAGUCUUACCCGAGCACCAUUCUGUACAAGGACGGCCAAGCUGCCGAGAUUGUCAAGGGCGUCAAGGGGCUCGACGUCCUGACCACGGCCUUUGAGCCCUUCCUCGAGGCCGCCAAGCCCGGAACCCGUCCCAAGGAGCUCAACCUGCCCAACACCGGCGACAAGCAGACGCCCGACUUCAGCCCCGCCGCCGCCAUUACCUCUGACACCAAGACCAACGCCGCUGACGGGGGCAAGACUGAUGACCUUCCCAAGGCGGCCCCUGAGGAGGGCAAGGGCAAGAGCAGUGCGACGCCCGACAAGACGACUCCUGAGAAGACUGUCCCGAGCCCCAAGAAGACGAUCCCCGAGGCGCCUCCCAAACCCACCGAGACCUUCAACCCUGAUGGCGUGUCGGUGGCCCUGACGGCUGAGAAGUACGAGACCCUCGUUACAGGGUCCAAGCAGCCAUGGUUCAUCAAGUUCUACGCCCCUUGGUGCCACCACUGCCAGGCCCUCGCGCCCACCUGGGCCCAGCUCGGCAAGGAGAUGAAGGACAAGCUCAACAUUGGCGAGGUCAACUGCGACGUCGAGGCCAAGCUCUGCAAGGAAGUCGGCGUCCGCGCCUUCCCCACGCUUCUCUUCAUCAAAGGCACGGAGCGCGCCGAAUACGAGGGUCUUCGCGGCCUCGGUGAUCUCAAGUCGUACGGUGAGGGUGCCGCGGCUGCGGCCGUCGGCGUCGUCGACGUCGACGCCGCCGCCCUCGAGGCUCUUGAGCAGAAGGAGGAGGUUGUUUUUGUCUACUUCUACGACCACGCCACGACGAGCGAGGACUUUGCCUCGCUCGAGAAAAUGCCCGUCAACCUUGUCGGCCGCGCCCGCAUCGUCAAGACCCGGGACCCCAAGCUCGCCGAGCGCUACAAGAUUACCACCUUCCCGCGCCUUCUUGUCUCGCGCAGUGGCCGCCCGACAUAUUACAACCCGCUGACGCCUCGUGAGAUGCGUGACGUCGAGGGCGUCCUCGCCUGGAUGCGCUCCGUCUGGCUGCCCAUGGUCCCCGAGCUGGUGGCCACCAACUCGCGCGAGAUCAUGGAUGGCAAGAUUGUCGUCCUCGCCAUCAUCAACCGCAACGACGCCGAGACGCUGUCCGACGCCAAGCGCGAGCUCAACAAGGCCGCCAACGACUGGAUGGACAAGCAGAUUGUUCUCUUCCAGAAGGAGCGCCAGGAACUCCGCGACGCCAAGCAGCUCAAGAUCGACGAGGCCGAGGACCGCGGCGACGAGCGCGCCAAGGACAACGCCAAGCUUAUCCGCGUCGACAUGUCCAAGAGCCCCCGUAAGGAGGUUGCUUUUGCCUGGAUCGACGGCGUCUUUUGGCAGCGGUGGAUCAAGACGACAUACGGCAUCGACGUGAGCACCGGCGGCAACCGAGUCAUCAUUAAUGACGAGGACCGCCAUCGCUACUGGGAUGUGACCGACACUAACGCCAACAUUCUCCUUUCCCACACAUCCAUCCUCGACAUGCUUCCCAAGGUGACGGCCUCGCCGCCCGAGAUCCGCGCCAAGACGACCCUCUCCUUCAUCUCCAAGCUCUUCUUCGACUUCCGCAUGUCGUUUGUCGACCACCCCUUCCUGUCCGUCGGCGCUGUCCUCGCCGUCAUGUUCGCCGGCGCCGGAUGGGUGCGCAACCGCAUGCGCCGUCACCGCGGCGGUCACUUUGUGCGUCUGGACGACAGCUGGAGCACCAAGGAGCUCAUGAAGGAGGGUCUCAUCGGUGGGGGCCCCAGCGGCAACGGAAAGGUCGACUAA